CUAUGCUCUUUUCAUUUUCAAUUCGCGAUCACUUCACGGUCCGGGGGUAAUCCGAGAGCUGUUCCUUUUUUCGACUUCUGCAGUAGUUCGUUGACAUUGGGUGACAUAUCACCAGGGUUGACCAGGGUGUAUGAGAGAAGAAACAUCGUAAUCCGAAGCGAAAGAUGUCAAAACCCUGCGAGAGGCAGAGUUACGCGCAGACCUACAAGCUGGUCGUCGUAGGUGGAGGAGGUGUAGGAAAGUCUGCGAUUACAAUACAAUUUAUUCAGAGUUAUUUUGUUACCGAUUAUGAUCCUACAAUUGAAGAUUCUUAUACCAAACAGUGUGUCAUUGACGAUGUACCUGCUAAACUUGACAUCUUGGAUACUGCUGGUCAAGAGGAAUUUAGUGCUAUGCGAGAACAAUACAUGAGAAGUGGGGAAGGAUUUUUGCUUGUGUUUUCUGUGACGGAUCGUUCUUCUUUCGAUGAAAUGGUUAAAUUUCACAGACAAAUUCUUAGGGUAAAGGAUCGUGACGAAUUCCCUAUGUUAUUGGUUGGCAAUAAAGCUGAUCUUGAUCACCAAAGAGCUGUCUCGGUAGAAGAAGCUCAAAAUUUGGCAAGACAAUUGAGGAUUCCAUACAUUGAGUGCAGUGCCAAGUUACGAAUGAACGUGGACCAAGCUUUUCAUGAAUUAGUACGCAUUGUACGGAAAUUCCAGUUGUCUGAGAGGCCGCCUUUGAAACCAAAUUACAAGAAAAAUAAGAAGAAAUGUUGUAUGUUAUAACGCCUUUGCUGUUUUUGUUUACAAAAAACAGUGUAAGGCAUAAAUAAGUAUAGUAGAGGACAAUUUUUUAUGGUAAUGAAUACGAGAAGUAAUUUAUAAUUAUUUUAUGACGUGGCAACAUACUUGUAUUUUGGAUCUAAAUUACUAUCAUGUUAUAUAAAAACAAGGUUAGAGCCACAGAAGAGAGUUAUUGCGUUCCAAGUACGUCAAAUUAGUUUUCUAUUUUCAGAAAAUGAAUUUGACUUCGGAUGGACUUAUUACCAUAAAAAACUGGAACUACGAAACACUAUUGAACACGAUUUAUAAAACGCACGAGCUUUACAAGUUCGAUAAAUUUCACAGGGAUUGCACAACGAGUGUCUAUGAAUUUUUAAAGUGUAAUUGCAUUCUUUUAAAUUUUUCCGUAUGUACAGCUCCCUGAAUUUGUAGAAAUUUUUGUAAAGAAAAAUCGACGAGCGAAUUUAUUGGGAGUCGGUACAAUCAGAGUUUUAAUAUUUUUAUAUAAUGUUUACUUAGGGAAGUACAAUCAUAUACUGAAAUUCGAUUUUUUCCUCAAAAAUCAUGCAACAAAAGAAGGGAGUAUCGAGAAUUAACCCUAGUAGUCAUUAAAAUAACACAAUAACAUUCUAUUAGAUGCCCAGUGCUAUUUUAAUGUGUUCUUAACUCGUACAACAUUUUACAAUAGAGACUUUUAUAUACAUACAUAUUUAUGUAUUUACACUUGUCAGUGGUAUAUGUGUAGUGUCAGGAGAGACCUUUAAAUAAUAUUUCUGAACGGACACGAGUGCUAAUAUUAAGCCCAAUUGGUAUUUAAUAUUUUGAUAUUUUCCUGUGUUUUUCGUACAUUGGUAACCGUUGAUUAUAUUCUUGUAACAGUUGAUACAAUGCGAUUCAACUAUACAAGGCACCCGUACUCGGUAGUCUGAAUGUAUCGCGCAAAGUGGUCUCCCAACACCGUUCAUAUGAAUCAGUCAGAUUAAGUCGGUGAAGACUUACAGAAAUCUUUGAUGAGGAGAAGCAAGCACAUGAGUCAGUAUCAAUAAUGCUUACAAUAAGACCUAUAUUUUCUACUUUUAUAAAUAUAUUAUUCGUAAGUACAGGACGCUCGUAACAUUCUAAUUUAUUUGUAGUGCCACAUGAUUAUCAACAUACGCACCUACACGAUGAAAUAUGUGAUGUUUUAGAAAGCCAAUAACUCUGCUCCGCUGUUUGACUUAUGUGCUGUUCUCGUUCAUAUGCGUGCACGCAGAUUGCGGCGUCUUAAAUAACGUUUUACAAUAGAACGUAACCUUCUAUUUAAUUACCGUGAAUUAAUAGUAGUUCGUAAUUGACCGUUUUAUUUAAUACGUUAAUACUUUCAUCUUGACGGAGUCUCGAUGAAAGACAGGAUUGCUUUCACGUAAAUACAUAUGAUUCGAGUGAUCCUCUGAGAGUCGGUGGUUUAUUACAUACGUACGCACAUUACAAGGUACUUGACAAUUGUCAUACAAAAUAGACUUAUUCAAGAAGAGGAAAACUCUUGUAAUUGCGAGGAUUUGCAUGAAUUGUAUGUAGCUACAUAACCAGGUGCAAUUCGCUCGACGCGGCAGGAAGUUUACUGAUUAAUCGCUAAAUUGAUAAGAAAUGAGGACAAAUCAGAUGUCAGGGAUCUCCGAAAGUGCCAAUCGUAUUCCAACAAGUUCUUAUUAACACUGUUUUAUUGUAAAUUGUGCGUACUCUUUAUAUUCGAGCAUUACUCUAUUUUUGCACAACGUUGAAUGGGUUUUGCUUUUGUUUAACCAUUCUGUCGUGCGAAGCUUUUUCGGUGUACAUAUGUACAGAAAAAUAUCAUGGCUUUUUGUGAAGCUGGCAGUGUGAAGCAGGGCUUGAAGAUUUUACGCAAGGGACGCCAUUAGGUCUGAUUUUUGGUCCUCUGUAAAAUGGCUGCCUUUCGAUUCGCAAACUUCGUAUUUUAUUAUGGCAUCCGUUGUACGGCCUUCCGUCGGUAUUCGCUGUCACGUGUACAUGACGGUAACAUUUUUGAACGAGUAUACGCUAAAAUGUUGAAUGAGGUCCCAGAGUAAACACCUAUACCAGCAGCGAUUAGAAAGUUAUUAGUGCAAUGAAACUGUUAACGAUUGACGAAGUAAAGGAUCCUAAUCUGUUGCGACUACCUUUUAUUCAUAAAAGUAUUCAUUGUAACAUUGAUCUAAUAAAUGCGUUACGUUCAUACAAA